AAAUGACCUAAACCGCGUUUCGUAUUUGUUGGUCUAUGUUUUUACGAGUAGUAAUAAUCAUAAUCCGAAGUUGAUUGCCCCCACGAGGAGAUGUGGGGCUUGAAUGCUUGAUAAAAAAAAUCUCCGGUCUCCGCCGUCCAUGUCUCCCCGUGGCCCGUUGUUCUCUGAGGGCAGGCCCGCGCCACAGCGGGACUGAUGCGCACGCCACGCGUUAGGUCGGCACGACUGCACGAGCACGCGGCCGCUAAACCGACGUGGCUCGGGCCAGCCACGCGGCCUCAGGCGAGUGGGCUGGGCUCGUUGUUCGGACUCUCACUUCCUGUGUGCUCUCGUCGCCUCCGAUCGAAUCGUGUCGGGCGGGCUCGUGCCCGAUCUUGUCUGGUCCUGUCUUGGCUCCCCGCCAGGAAUAGCGCACCGAGAUCCCUUGCGCGCACGGACCAGCAGAUCGCGCGCGGGAGUGAGAGGGCGACAGGGCGUGGCCGCGAGGUGGGCAUGGGAUCGGAGGGACGGGUCUGGAAUGGCGCGGGCGUGGCCGCCGGCAGCGGCUAUGGCGGCAGCGUCGAGGCGAAAGCGACCACCGCGGCGCCCGCGGACGUUCCCACGUCGGCGGCCUCCGUCGACAUCUCGCUGCCGCUCCCGGAGAUGUCGCCUCACAUCAUAGGUCUCUGCAAGGAGUUGGUCAAAGGGUGGUCGUCGAUUGACAGCUCGCGCUUCUCCAUCGAGACCGUGUCUGGGGGCAUCACCAAUCUAUUGCUCAAGGUUUCUGUCAAAGGAAACAAUGGCAAUGAUUCUUCUGUUACUGUUCGGUUGUAUGGACCAAAUACAGACUUGGUGAUUGAUCGGAAAAGGGAAUUGCAGGCGAUACCGUAUCUCUCAGCUGCAGGGUUCGGGGCUCGGCUGCUUGGAAUGUUUGAAAAUGGAGUAGUUCAGUCAUUCAUCUAUGCUCGAACACUGUCACCUGCAGACAUGAAAGAACCUAAAAUAGCAGCUGAAAUUGCCAAGGAGCUACGCAAAUUUCAUCAAGUAGAUAUACCAGGGUCUAAAGAACCACAAUUGUGGAAUGAUAUAUUCAAGUUUUUGAAGAAAGCUGCAGCAUUGAAGUUUGAGGAUAACGAGCAGCAAAAGAGAUAUGUAAAGAUCUCAUUUACAGAAAUACAAGAUGAAGUUAAAGAACUUAAGGAUCUCUUGGACAUUCUGCAUGCACCUGUGGUUUAUGCACACAAUGACUUGCUUUCAGGAAAUCUGAUGCUCAAUGAUUUGGAAGGGAAGCUAUAUUUUAUUGAUUUUGAGUAUGGGUCAUACAGCUACCGUGGGUAUGACAUUGCAAAUCAUUUCAAUGAGUAUGCAGGAUUUGACUGUGACUUUAAUUUGUACCCAGAUAAAGAUGCCCAGUAUCACUUCUUCAGGAAUUAUCUGCAUCCUGAUAGACCUAGUGAGGCACAAGAUAUGGAAGUGCUUUAUGUGGAAACAAACACUUUCAGACUAGCAUCGCACAUUUACUGGGCAUUAUGGGCUCUUAUUCAGGCAAAGGUAUCCCCAAUUGACUUUGACUAUCUUGGAUACUUCUUCUUACGGUAUGGUGAGUACAAGAAACAAAGGGACUCCUGCUUCGCCUUGGCACAAAGUUUCCUCUCCGGGCUAAGAAAUGGCUAGAGCCUGAGAAUCUGGUCAAGGGUUUGCACUGUUGUACGCAUACUCGGGGCGGGUACGCGUUGUGAUCAUCGUCUGCUACUCAGAAACUCUAUUAUAGUGGUGGUAGCAGCCUCAUUUUGUUGUAUCUGAUGGUAGUUUCGUCAUCGCCUGAUAGGAAAGUCUCAUGAUCGCCCUCGGGAACGCAGGGUGGCGAGAUCUGUACUUAUAUUUGUAAUAAACACAAUCCGGAUGGGUUCUGUCCUGUGCAAUUUGUUGUGCGCAUAAGCAUUCCGUGUUUUUAUACAUUAUUGUGAGGAAUUGCAUAAGUUUUUUUGUUUUUCGAUUAAA